AUGCCUAUUCCGCGCUCUCUUUCGAUGCGCGAGCGUAAGACUUCCACUGCAACCAAUCCAACCACUCGAUCGUCAAUCCCCGAUGCUACUGCAACUGUCCAAGAGGUCACUCGGAGUCGAACACUUCUACCUAAGCGCAGCUCUGACGAGAAUCAUGUCCCCCGGAAUAAUGUCCCCCGGUCGCAACCAUCCAGACCGAAACUACGGGAAGCAUCGCUGCAGAUACACAGCCAGGGCUCGGCCGCUUCAACUACCCCUGGAACAGCUCCCACUCGCCGCUACAGCUUGAUGCGCCCGGAUGCUUCAAGAUCUAGCAAUGUCGCUGCCCCAAAGACCGCGACUUCGCGUAUCCAGCCCCCAUUGCAAUCGAGGCAAUCCUCCGUGUCCACCGUGUCCAGACCUAGACCCCAUUCGCCUAAAAAGACUGAGAUAUCACCUACGCCCCGUUCGAUCCGGUCGGCCUCCUUGAGACAGCCAGUGGUGUCGACAGUUUCCAGACCCAGACCUCCUUCACCCAAAAAGACCGAGAUUUUACCUCCACCCCGUUCCGUUCGAUCGGCCUCCUUGAGACAGCCAGUGACUGUCUCAGGAGGGUCAGGCAUGUCAAACGUGUCAGCGACGGCACGGGGCCACACUCGACACCGGAGCCAAGUGGUUUCAUCAAGGUCCAUGACCGACCCCGCACCGGUCGCGAAUCGGCAGUUUUCAACUUAUCAACCACAAUCCUCACUCAAGAAUCAGAUUAAGCCACCGACACCCACGGGAGAUUUCCGCACGGCAAGUGGCUUGAUCCCGACCUCGUGGCCCGAGAUCGCAGCCCUACAGACGGAGCUCCUCCAACUCAGCCUCUUCUAUUCUAGCUCACUCGAACGGCAGACAAAAUUCAAAAAAGAGUCCGAGUCUCGGCUAAAGAAGAAGUAUGACACUGUGGCAAUUCUAUAUCGAUCAGUACUGGGAGAUGAGAAGAGACAGCAACAAGAACUAAAUGGACGGGCCUUGGGCAGUUGGCUUCGGAAUUGUCACGAUCACCGGGGCCCCCACGAAUUUACUGAACAGAUUCAGAUCCUGUCACAAAUACUACAGGAGAUAUCAGAUCUACUGAGCAGAGGGAAGGAUGGACGAUAUGACUGGGUCGUGACAUGUUUUAAUGAUUGGUUUGAGCAUGCAGAGAGUGUCCGACAGCAACGAGCGUUGUCGGGGAUUUUGGAUGCGACUUUUAUCGAUCCACUCGACCGGGCAUGGAAAGAGGAAGCCACAGGUUUACGAGCAAAGCUUGAACUAUGCGCGCGAGAACUACAAAGCUUGGAUCUCCUCGGGUUCGGAGAGUUGGAACGCCUUGAGCAGUCCGCUCUCACGAGAGUGGUCCGAGGCCUUACAGAGUCCAUUCAGCUGAUGAUAGAAGAGAUUCAGGUCAUGAUUACUCUGGAGACUGAGUUGAUCUGUGCUGAGAGGAAGACUGUCAGUCAGCUGGCAUCGCAUCUGACAGCUUUCGAGAGCAAUGCACGAGUAGGAGUAUGGAGGACUGGACUGAGUACUUGA